CUUACAGUACUGGAAUCCAACUCUCUCAUCAUAUAGCCAGUGAAAUUAAAUUCCAGAGAGGGGCCGACCUGCCCCAGGCCACACACCCAGGUUUCGAGUCAGAGCUUUUUCCAAAACCUAUAUGGUCCAGACGGAAAAGGAAGAAGACUAAGAUGGAUGGGACAAAUCAGACGGCUGUGACAGAAUAUGUCCUGCUUGGGCUCUAUGAGCACCGUAACCUAGAGAUCGUCCUGUUUGGGCUUUGCCUGGGCGUCUACUCCAUGAAUGUGCUGGGGAACUCCCUCCUCAUACUGCUGAACCUGCUGGACCCCCACCUGCACAGCCCCAUGUACUUCUUCCUCAGCAACCUCUCCCUCAUAGACAUCUGUGGCACAUCUUCUUUCGUGCCCCUCAUGCUGGUCAACCUCCUGGGAGCCCAAAGGACCAUCUCCUUUCCUGGCUGCACCCUGCAGAUGUUCCUGACCCUAGCGCUGGGUACCACAGAAUGCCUGCUCCUGGCCAUGAUGGCAUAUGACCAAUACAUGGCUAUCUGCCAGCCGCUUAGGUAUCCAGAGCUCAUGAGUGGGCAGACGUGCAUGUGGAUGGCAGUGCUGAGCUGGGGGACAGGCUUCAUCAUCUCGCUGCUGCAUUCCAUCCUUGUCUGGCGCCUCCCCUUCUGUGGCCACAAUGUCAUCAACCACUUCUUCUGUGAGAUCUUGGCGGUGCUGAAACUGGCCUGUGGGGACAUCUCCCUCAUUGUGCUGGUCUUAAUGAUGGCCACAGCUGUCCUGACACUGACCCCACUCCUGCUCAUCUGCCUCUCCUAUAUUUUUAUCCUUGCUACCAUCCUUAGGGUACCCUCUGCUGCAGGCUGGUACAAAGCUUUCUCCACCUGCUCUGCCCACCUCAUGGUGGUGGUGAUUUUCUAUGGGACCAUCUCCUUCAUGUACUUCAAGCCCAAGGCCAACAACUUCUACCUGGAUAAGAUUAUUGCAUUGUUCUAUGGAGUUGUGACACCCUCGCUGAACCCCAUCAUCUACAGCCUGAGGAAUGCAGAGGUGAAAGCUGCUGUGAUAGCUCUCCUGGGUGGAGAUCUCCUCUACAGGAAAACGUUCCACUUUUACUGCUGCUCUCCAUUUCUAUCAGUCAAGAGAGGCUAAGUUAUGCUGUGGUAAUGACCUUAGAAUUUCAGUGGCUUAAAACCAUAAGGGUUUGUUUCUCAC